GCCACAGGGGGGAGGCGCGGCCCAGUGCCGGCGCAUGCGCGCCCGUGCGGAGCCGCCGCCGCGCCGCCAUCUUGGAGCCUCCUCUCCUCAGUUUUCUUGCAAUUUCUGCUAUUCACUCGUGCUGAGAUAUGUUUACAUUUAUGGUGAGACCUUUAUAUUGCUGCCCAGUCUGUCGUAGUGGGACCCACCCUGCCAAAGGAGAUGAUGCAGUAAGGCCGUAACUACAAGGAAUUAACAGGGUGAACAGCCAAUGGAGAUUCCAAGCACCUUCAGGAGUCAACUGGCAAACUGCCUGAAAACAGCAGAGCAUUUAAACGACAUUUCUUCCAAUGGAGGAUCUGGGAAUGACAUCCAGACCUGGGAGCCUGGCAGUUCAACGAGGGUGAGAAGAAGGGCACAAAAUUUUACUGACACCGACCUACAAACGCUUCUGAAUGAGAUGCAGCCAAGGAGAGACAGACUGCUGGGUGUGCAUGGAAGAAAACCACAGAAAUCUAUUUCACGUGCCAUGUGGAGAGAGGUGGCAAUGGCACUGAACGCCACCUCUCUCACCUCAAGGACUGCAGACCAGUGUCGGAAGAAGUUCAAUGACCUAACCAGAGCAGGCAAGGAAAAAUUAAUGCACAACGCGCGCGAGGGACAGGAAUGCAAAGGGUACAUCCCCAACAUUAAGGAGCUCACCCCUUACGAGGAUCAGGCUGUGGAGUUGGCAGGUAGACAGUGUGGUCUCGCAGUGGUGGCGGACGGUGAGAUUGGUGUGACGCUGCAGGCUACAGAGCCUUCACAGCAGUGGGGUCCAGAGGAGGAGGAUGACGAGGAUGAGGAUGAUGAUGAUGAUGAGAAGCUCUGCUUCUUCAUUGACUACGAUGAUGAGGAGGAGGAUGAGGAUCUUGAAAGCAAACCGGAUCGUGAGUCCUUGCAACUUGAUCCAUCUCCGUGUUCCACAGGUCCAGCCCCUUCAUUCUCAACCUCCUCGAACAUAGAUUUUCCACUCCCCUGCUCCAGCUCCGAUGUGCUCACCAGAGAACGGUUAGAUAGCAUCAGUGAGGAAGAUGCAUUGGGCGAUGGCCAAGAUGUCAGGGAGCCAUAUAACUGGGCAGCGGAAGAGGACGUGUCAUCUUCACAGCGGAAGCCGAGAAGAAGGAUGCAUCCUGUCUCGGAGCCGUGGGACUCUGACCUGUCGGGGACUCAGCCAAAGCGAAGGAUGUUCAACGAACAUCUUGCAUACUUGCAGCCCCUGCGAUCGAUAUUCGAGGAUGUGCAGCACCUGACCACAGUAACACUGGAAUCUACAGCCCUCAUCUGCAGCAGCAUCAAGGAAGCUUUCGCUUCCCUGCAGACGUCGAUGGAGCACGUGGCAGCUUCACUUGAAACUGCAGCACACCUUCAACUCCGUAACACCCAGGAACCACUCCGUGCCCCUGCUGAGGCACAAAGUGCAGCCAUGGCCCUGAUAGGGGAGAGAAUCGAUGGCACCCUACACGCUGGCUUUCAGACUCUGGGAUCGGGGAUACAGACUGCUUUGUCGCAGGGCUUUCAGGAACUUAUAGCUGCUAUUAGACCAACCGUUCAUCUGGUCAAUGGGAACAUAAAUGCAGGGCCCAGUGUAGCUGAGAGUAACCUGCCUGGUGUGGCCAAUUCUCAGGACAGCAUCACCUGGCAGAGGUCUGGCCUGCCCCCUCUCAGUACCAGAGCAUCAGAGUUUCGGAAGCAACGUCAGUCAGCCCAUGCAGGAGCUCAGGAGAUGCAGGCAGCGGCUGCUCCCAGCCAGGAGCCGGCAGCGCGAGGAGGAGGUGGACCUGUCUUGCUCCGGUCUCGCAAGCCAUUUGUGGCACAGGAAUAGCUGAUCACCUACUGCGAUACUCGGGCUGCACCCAGGAGAAACUGUAGGAGGGGAGAAACCCAGGAAGCAUUAUGUGAGAAGAAAGUAGAAAAGUUUAUUUUACAAAUGGGUUGAUUGUAAUUAAAGUGAAUGUCCACUUUGUGCCAAUUAUUCAGUCAGAUGAACAUAUAUGAGUCUGAUGUGAUGAGGUAGGAUGAAUAUUAGUGUUAAUGAUUUAUCAUUUGUGUGACAGCGGGGAGCAUGAGAUCUGUGAGUUGUACAAAGAUACAUUGUUAAACCAAUGACGUGCUUGUGUACGUGAGCUGUCUCUGUGGUGACGGCCAUCCUGAUGCUUCCCUCUCCACAUACAUUCGGAGCAGCCAGAGGCCGAUUCCUCAAGCAGAAUAUAUCCACGUGUGUGCAGGUUUUAAAUUGCAAAGUCCUGCAGGGUGCAAGGAUCUAUAAAUGGGCAUGAGAUCUGGACAAAACUGAGAGACCUGCUCUUUCAAGAAUCCAGUGGCCCCUCUGUGGCCUCUCGGCUGUUCUUCCAGCUGUGAGUGAGCUCGUUAACUAUGGCAGCAAGAUCCAAACCUCGCUCCUCAAAAUCUCUGUUUACAUCACUGAUGAGUUUAGCUCGUGGUAGCUUUGUGUAUCUUUAAAGGAGAGCUAUUUGUGUGCUGUUAUUCCUACUCGUUUUGUUCAUAAAAUUAACUGGGUCUUUGCACUGAUUUCCAUGACUGUCUGGAAUGACGCAUUGGCAGAAAAGUUAAGUGCAGUCAUCAGUUUUAACAGCUAACCAGACAGUGUUCUUAUCCAUAGCCCUUCAUGCAGUAACUGACAUCAUUUUCUUUUUUAGCACUCUUCAUGUGCAGAGCACCUUAUUAAAGUCUACAUAAACCUGUA